GGGCAGCAGCUGAUACACGGUGUGGCCCUUUCUAGCGGCACUUCAACCUUCUGCAAGCUUGAUCUAACCACAUCUUGUUACUCAUCACCUUCCAAAUUGGCGAGAUUGCCGGGAAUCUUCGAUCGCGUUCGCAUCCCUGAGGGAUCCCGAGGAACCCCCGGGAGACUGGUGAGAUUCUGGCGAAACCCUCAUUCUUUCUGGCAACUUCCAAUAUUAGCGGCUGCCAGGGUAAAAAAUGAGCUUGCAACAAGGUAUUCAGUCAAGAACUUCUGCCAAUGGUUUCAACCGACGUAGAUUUGAUAGAGAAGGCGGAGCAAGGAUAGAGAAUAAGAUGCAUACUGGAAAGUCGGGUUCCAGCAAUUUUGCAAGUACAUUGAAUGGAGGCAAGAUUGUACCUGCUAGCAGUCCUUCAUCUGAUCGUUUGAUCUAUGUUUCAUCCUGCCUUAUUGGUCUCCAUGUUGAAGUUCAUGUGAAAAAUGGAUCGACGUUCUCUGGGAUUUUUUAUUCGGUGAAUGCCAAAGAUUUUGGAAUUAUUCUAAAAAUGGCUCAACUUAUUAAGGAUGGUGCUGUGAAAGGACAAAAGGGUGCACCAGAAGCACAUAAAAGGCCUCAAACUAUUAUUAUACCGGCUCGAGAACUUGUUCAAAUUAUAGCUAAGGAUGUGCCAUUAGCUAUUGAUGAGUUCUCAACUGCUAAUGUACGGGAAAAGCGAAAGGACCUCAUGAUAGAUUCUGUCAUUUCCCGUUCUCAUAAUGUUGAAGUAGAGAGGGAACUGGAGCGCUGGACUCCUGAUGUGGAUGAUCCUGAAUGUCCUGAACUAGACAACAUAUUUGAUGGCACCUGGAAUAGGAAUUGGGAUCAGUUUCAAACCAAUGAAACACUAUUUGGUGUGAAGAGCACUUUCAAUGAAGAACUUUACACAACAAAGCUUGUGAGAGGCCCUCAUAUGAGAGAGAUUGAAAGGGAGGCUUCUAGAAUUGCUAGAGAAAUUGAAGGGGAGGAAACUCACGACCUUCAUUUGGCUGAGGAAAGAGGAAUGCACUUUCCUGACAUUGAUGAGGAAAGUAGAUACUCAGCUGUACAUAGGCAAAUUGAUGAUGGCAGAUUAGAAGAAAAUGAAGAUUUGUCCUCAAAUUCUUUUAAUACUGAAACAUUUGGUGUGCCUAUCAGUUCUGAAAUACCCAGAUCAUAUUCAAAUAUCUCUUGGGAGAAAAAGAAUGAUGAAGGCAAAUCAUCAUCACCUUAUUCAUCUGUGGACGAGGAGAUAUUAUCUACAUGUGCUUCUGAUAAAGAUGCACAUAGCUCUGUUACAAACAAGCAUUCUAGUUCAUCCACACCUGAUGAUGCAAAGAAGUGCGUAGAGGCAGAUGAUUCCAAUAGCACGAGUCAUCAGUAUACUGACAAACCGGUACAAGAUCAUAAUGAAAGCAAAUCUUUCUUGAUUGAGAAAUCUGUUAAGGUUUCCAGGGAAGCUAAUAAAAUCAAAGGAGAAGAUGAAAGAUUCUUCAUCAAUAAGAAAGGAUUGCCGUCCCCUGCUGUUGCAUAUGGACCACCGUCUUCUGAUCCAGAAAAUAAAGAUAUUAUCAGUCUACCUUCAGAUAAGAUUCCUGUUUGCAGUGAGCCGGAUUAUCAGUUUCCUGUUACUUCUACAUCAUGCAUAUCUGAGCAUAUUGCUGCUGAUUCUGCUUCGAAUGGCCCUAGUUUAUCGCCAAGUUCUUCCUUGUGUUCAUUGUCCUCUGAAAGGUCAACCCUAAAUCCAAAUGCCAAGGAGUUCAAACUCAAUCCAAAUGCCAAAAGCUUCACCCCUUCUUCAUUUCGACCUUCUGCACCAAUGUCUGAAAGUUCCCUUUAUUACACUAAUGCUGUGCCAACAGUCCCACCUAUGCAAGGCAUGCCUAUGGGUGUUGGGAUUGGACCACCUUUCGGUGCACACCAAGCUGUCUACAAUCCACAGGCCCCUCAAUUACAAUCUUCCCCAUACAUUCAUGCUAAUGGGCCCAUGUAUGGCGCGCAGAUGAUUGUUGGCCAGCCUCAACCCUUUUACUACAUGCCUACCUAUCCACCUGACAUGCAAUACAGAGGAAGAAACUUCUAACAUUGCUUGAGAUGACAAUUUAUGCACCGGAGGUAUUGCCCCUCUCCCACUCUUCUCCGCUAAAAUACCAGUCUAAAACCCCAAUUUUAUGGUGUGCACUGAGAUGGAAGUGGUGGCGCUCCUCCCAUAAUUCAAUAACUUAACUGCAUAAAUUCCCAUGGUUCAUAUACGAUCCUCUCUCUAUAUAUGUAAAUUGUAAUCACUGUUAUGAGCUGGGAAGUAUGUUGGCAUAUUCAUCGGAUAUGACAAUCUCUAAUUCUCUACUUUUCAAUGUAACAUUGUUUGAAGUUGUGGUGUGCUUGUGCUUUACCAAACAGAAGGCUUGAGAGCAUGAUUUUACAGUAAAAUAGGAGACAAUGUAUCUUAUCCCUUUUUUUUUUU